AAAACGUUGAGGUGAUUGAUAUGGUGCUUUUACUCGUUAUGUAAGCUGUAGUUAUGUAAGAUGGCAUCUGCUGAACAAGAUAAUACUGGUACUGGUGGCAGUGGUGGAUUCAGUGACGUACAUGCUCUGGUAUCAGCAGCAUUCACACAGUAUCAGGAUCUCAUACCGUCUACACCUGAUGCGCUCAUUAAUAACAUGAUUGCUACUGCUCAGGGCAGCAAAGACAAAUUUCAACAGCAAUAUGUGGCACACAUGAAAAAGGCAAGAGAGGUCUAUACCAGGCGGAUCAAGGAUGUGUCUAUGCUGGAAACACACGUCAUGCAGGCGCAUGCUCGAGCAACAUCUGCAGAAGAGCGGGUGAUAAAUAAUAUGAAAAGCAGUGAACAGGAUGUGGCUCUAUGUCAGUUUAAUAAGAAAAUAGGUGGAUAUGGAGCAGGAAUAGAUGGAAGUCUCUUGAGAAAGUAUGACCUUAUAGUGGUAGAAGACUUCACACAUGAGCAACCUACAGCAGCUAUUAGACUUUCAUGGAAGCCAUCAGAGCCUAUAUACAUGCAAGGCACAAUCGCAUGGAAUCAGCGAUUACAGUGCAAGAAACGGGACAAACUUCCAUUUAUUGAUUCUGACUACACACUCAUGUCAGAGUGUGACCUCAUAGACCAGAGACUACCGCCCCAGAAACCGGUGUUUGCACAUCACCAACUACCUCCUUCAUUGCGAAGAAGUGUUAAACAAAAACAUAAAAAUCUGACCAAAGAAGGAAGUUCUGCUGUUUUGUAUCAAGAUCAACCUACUGUGGAGUUCAUUCCAACACCCUCCUCUAUAACAUUUCUUGACUUCGAUGAAGGUGUGGUCUAUGAGAAGGUUCUAGAGCUAAAAAACGUCACUAAAAGUAUGACUCAGUGUCGAGUUAUACAGCCCAGGCAGCCUUGCUUCACUGUUGGACCAGGUCAGUUUCCCUGUGAAGUAGGGUGUGUCGCACCAGGUAUGUGCUGCUACUAUCCAGUUGUGUUUAGACCUCAGUCGCUUAGUGAUUGCUCGGAUGUCAUUAAGAUUUUAUGCCAAUCUGGAGCAGUUAUAACAGUGCCCGUGGAGGCAAGGAUUCCACCGGCAGUUUUAGGAAUACCCGAAGUGUUGGAGUGCGGUCAGUGUGUUUUAACAGGAACCAAACUGGUGAAGUUCCCCAUGUGCUGUACAGAGGACAGGAGUAAAGUUUUUACGGCCCAUUUAGAACAUGACACAAUUCUACCACACAAAGCCCAGUUUACUAUCACCCCGGCUUCUUUCGAACUUGGUGGUCAAAGAAAGGUUGAGUUGGAAAUACUUUUCACUCCAGAGUCAGAAGGAUCAAGUCAGUGUUUGCUUGUUAUAUCUUGUGAUAAGGGCAGACAACAGAAGUUUAUUGUUAAAGGUGAUGGCUGCACCCCCAGUGUGAGUGUCGUCUCUGUUUGGCCAGGCGAGUUAGCCGACCCACGACCGGGUGAACUGGUAAACACGUGGGCUUCCCAUAUACUGCACUUUCCAUCAGUGAAUCCCAACAUGCAUGCAGAGAAAACACUGUCCAUCAGAAACAAUAGUGAUAUCAACUAUACAUAUGAAUGGGAGAUAGUUCAUUCUCAUCUGACACUAUCACAACCUGUCACCCUUUGCUGGGAAAACAUGGAAUCUGAAGAUUUAUGUGGUGAUGUGGAUGAAAUGUGUCCAUUUUCCAUUCGAGAGCAACAUGGCAUGCUAGGUGCACUCGAAACAAAGCAGUUUGUUGUGCAGUUCAAGCCUUCCCAGGUCGGGAUGAGCUGUCACCUAGUUUCACUAAGGCUAAAAGAUGCUGCAGGGAGAAGUGCUGGCAGUGAAACAAGAGCGCCUGUCUACACUGUGUUCAAUGCAGCUGUAAAAGGUGCAUGCACACCUUGGAGAGUCAUGUUGCAACCAUGUACAGUGAACAUUCCUGGCAGCAUACCAUUAGGAAGCACAGUGCAGCAGGAGUUUCAGUUGCUGAACAUGAGUAAUGGAGACACAGAUUUCCAUUUCCAAACCAGAGAAACUAAUGACCUCAUAGCUCUCAGUCCUAAGCAGGGUUCACUUGCGAGCAGUACAUCAGUAACAGUUACCCUCAGUAUUACCAGCACACAGCCAGGCAAAUUUUCACAGGAGAUACAUUGCUAUGUAGAUGGGCUUUCUGAGCCGCUGCUGUUAUCUGUGUCUGCUGAAUUCAAGGGUCCUGAGCUGUUAAUUGAUGAACCAUGCCUGGACUUUGGUUUGAUUCGUCUGGGGAGUUCAGUCUCACAGCCCCUUACCUUGAAGAAUCCAUCAUCUCUAUCUAUCAAGUGGACAAUAGCAGAGAGUUCUGAGCAUUGCAGGGGCGUGUCUGAGUUGGAGUUCAUACCAAGUUGCGGGCAACUGCAAGCACAAAGCAGCAGUGUGGUGGCUGUGAAGUACACACCUAGCCAGUGUGGGGAGUUGGACACAGUAGUCUUAGCCUCGACUGAAUAUACCACGCAUAGUUGUAUUUUUGCCAAUGCUGAUAUUCAGACACCAGACGUGUGCCUUCUGUCCUGUCAUCUCAAUGCACCAGAUUGCUAUAUUGGUGUGAGAAGCUCCCACAGCAUAUCACUGUUCAACAAAACUCUACUCACGGCUGAUUUUGAGUGGGGCGACAUAGCUGGGGAGGACAAGGAGAAAGUGUCUGUUAGCCUGACCCCUAAUAAAGGACAGCUUGGUCCCCAUGAGACAUUGACAGUAAAGGUGUUCUUGGUCCCACAUGAGGCAGGAGAUUUUUGCAACAUCUGGAUUCCAUGCCAAAUAGGAGAGCGUGAGCAACCAAUCAUCUUAUCCAUAUUCUGUCGCUCCCAUGGUCUGUCAGCCAGCUUGGAUUUGGUGCAGGAAGAAGCUUCUGGCAUCCCUAUGUCUUGUCAUUUUGGGAUACCACGUUCCAGUGCUUUGGGGAUUCCUAAUGCUGUCAACCAUGUCAAAAUGUGCCAGGCAGCACUUCCUGGUAAUAUAACUGCAGAGGAACACAUCAGCAUUGACUUCGGUGGUAGCAUUCUGAUUGGAGAGCCUGUGACAAGGCAGCUGUGUCUGACGAAUGAAUCUGCCAUACCCACCUCAUAUUCUGUAAUGGUGGAAAACUUGAUAGCAACGCUUGUCAUGGCACCUUCACGUGCCACUGAUAGCAAAGACUCCAGUUCUAAGCUACUGCUAAAUAGAAAAGAAACAGCACUAAUAAACCAGACUGUGGGACCAACUGUCAUUGUACCGGACGCUGGGUGUGGGAUUGCUGUGCAUCCAUCAGCUGGGAGUUUAGCUGCUUAUGAGGAGGUGACACUUACAGUCACCCUCUACAGUUCCAUGUGGGGCAGUUACACAGAUGCGCUUGUCGUGCGGGUUGGUGAGCUAAACCCAGUUAAGGUACACAUCAAGGCAACUGUGAUAGGAAACCCUUUGUUCUUUCAAAUGGUUGGUCUAACUAGGACUUCAACCUUGCACUUUGGAAGCCAUCCCAGUGGUGGUCCAAUUGCAGUGAGACGCAUGAGACUGAACAACCCAAGUCCUACUGACAUAAGAAUUGAUUGGCAAACCUUUGAGAUAAAUCAGAGUGAUGAACAACUGUUGGAUGUGCUUGUCAUUAUCGGUGACCCCUUCCCACUGAUAAAUGCUGAUGAAGAAGCCUCUGAUGAAGAAGCUGUAGAUAUUUCAAAACUCAUUAGUGUUAAAAUUCAAGAGCAUGAGGGCGUAAAGUCAAAUGGUCUGUUCAAGAUUGUCCCUAAGCAGAUGGUUGUGCCAGCCAAAGGCAAGGUCAUGGUCGACAUGCACUUUGUGCCUCCACCUACGGAUGUUCAGUCUGCAUUUGAUGGUUAUGCACUGGGACAUCUUAGUCUCACACCAAAUGAUAAACAUCCAUCAUCUGUAGCUGUUCGGAAUGAUGGAUACAAUGUUGCACCAGUGAGGAUAAAUUUAAAAUCUUCUGUGACGUCCCCUCAGCUUUACAUUGAGAUGGCAAAUGAUGAUGGUAUGCUGUACCAGGUGGCAGCUAGCAAUCUCCUCCAACCAUAUGGACAACUGCAGGAAAGGAUUGCAGUCAAGCAGAGUCACAGCUUCAUGGUAAGAAAUAACACUGAAACAUGCAUUCCAUUCACCAUGGAGACUCGGCCUCCAUUUGUCAUAUCUGAAGUAAAGCCAAAUUUCGUGGCAACUGGAUCAAGUGCAUACAGCUUAAAACCAGGAUCUGCAGCACAGGUGAAGGUUGUCUUUACGUUCAGCAAAGAACAGCUGGUAUUGAGUGAAGGUGAUCUGUGCGUGACAGAAGCAGAGAAACAAGUGCAUUUUACGGGGCAACUAUGCAUAGGGCACAGGAACAAUACUGAUCAGAUUCUGCCACUACGAGCAAUAGUCAGUCUGCCCACUCUCAGGGUGUCGCAUCAGCUGCUCGAUUUCGGCACAGUUGUAGUCGGUCACACGAGAGAGAUGCAGAUAACUGCCUCCACCUUGGGAAAUGCUAGUGUAUCCUGGCACAUUACUCAGCAAGGACACGAGGGGGAGAAAGCAUUUAGAAUGAGCCCACAUGAAGGAAGACUGGAAGCUUACACCUCUCACACAUCCACCAGUAGCCGGUGCUUUAUUGAUGUGUCCUUCACUGCAUGGCAGCAAAAAAGUUACAACACAAGUCUAAUUUUCCAUACCCUACUAGAAAAGGAUGUAAUCGCUGUGCAAGUGAAAGGUAAAGGGUCAUAUGAUGAGUCCCACCAUGCUAUAUUGGACUACAGGGAAUAAGCGAGAUAGGACAAUACAUUA